AUGGACUGCUAUGCAGUCGUUUUUGGAGAGGAGAUGCAGGAUGAUGGAAAAUUUGGAUCAAGCUUUGGUAACGCAAACACCAGGCCAUCAGUUGCCCUCUGUGGAGACAUCUGCAAGAUGUACCGCUGCGUGCGUGUGUCCCACCCGGAUGACUUUUUGCAGUGUAUUGUUUGGCGAGAGAAGUCCACGGAUGAGUUGAGUGUUUACAAAUUGAACACGGUGACUUAUGGUACCAAGCCAGCUGCCUUUCUGGCUAUAAGAGCCAUGCAUCAGCUCUCUUAUGAUGAGGAGGAUUCGUUUCCAAUUGGAGCAAAAAUUGUUCGUAGGGACUUCUACGUGGAUGAUUUAAUCUCUGGUGGCGAGUCAAUUGAAGAGGUUAGGGAAAUUCGUCGUCAGGUGAAGGAUCUAUUGUCGCGAGGCCAUUUUCCAAUCCGCAAAUGGUGUUCUAAUGAUGGACGCGCCCUCGAAGGAGAGUCUGACUGCGAUAAGGAGAAGCUAAUUCAAUUUCACGACGGAUCAGCUGUUACCAAGGCGCUGGGAUUAGCCUGGGAUCCUUCUUCUGACCAACUUCUGUUCAACUUUUCUCAAUUAUCUGUAAAUCAUCGAGUCACCAAGCGUAUUGCACUUUCAACAAUAGCCAAAUUCUAUGAUCCGCUCGGUUUAAUAACACCGAUUGUCACAAAGGCCAAGAUCUUUUUGCAAUCCCUAUGGAAUGCUAACUCUUCCAUCCAGUUGCAUGGAUUCUGCGAUGCUAGCAUAGCGGCUUAUGGAGCGUGUUUAUAUUUGCGGUCGGAGGCCAAUGGAGAAGCAAAGGUCCACUUGCUCUGCGCCAAGUCGAGAGUGUCCCCUUUAAAGGCUUUGACAAUUCCAAGAUUGGAGUUGUCGGCAGCGCUUUUAUUGGCGGAGCUUAUCGUAAGCGUCAAGGAAACCAUCGAUUUCGAAUGCGACUUUUAUUGCUGGUCCGACUCGUCUAUCGUACUGGCGUGGAUUCGGCAGCCUCCGAGGGAUUUCAACGUAUUUGUAUCCAACAGAAUCGCGAAAAUUCAGGAGAUGACAAAAGGCAUGACUUGGCACCAUGUUCCAACAAGCUUAAAUCCGGCGGAUGUCGUAUCGCGAGGCUGUACCCCGAGAGAAUUGCUGGAGCACUCCCUGUGGGCUAACGGGCCUCCAUUCCUGCUGCAAAGCUCGUCAAAAUGGCCCUCUCUUCCAAAUGCAGUUAAGGAUCUUCCAGAACGUCGUUCCGCAGCGCUAGUUGGAACUAGCAAAAUCUUCACCUUCAAGGAACCGUAUUACCGUUGA